AUGGACGAUGCGUGCACCGUCCGCGCUCCAAGACAGAGCCCGUCGUCCCUAGAACAUGUCCGUGUCAGGCGUGCUCAUUCAUACCAGCCUGUCUUGUUCCGGCCAUUGCCAACACGCGAGACAAAGCAGGCAGAGAGGGGAAGGGCGCGCCCUCUUUUCUUUGUUCCAUGCUGGCGACACUGCACGCAACAAGCAACGCCGGUACCAGCCAGUCAAAAGCCUGCUGCCGUGCUGCCUCUGUGCUUCUGUGCUUCUGUUGGGGCCCGACUAGGUAAAGCACCUGUCCUGCCCGCAAACAUCAAUCUUCUCCUCCUUUCCCGCCAUCGCGCCUGUGUAACCGCGAGCCCCUCGUCGCAGAGAAAAAAGCGUAGUUGCACUUGCACAACAGGCCCUCCCACGCCCAGCAGCAACGCAAACCCAGGUCUCGAUCAUGCACCGCCGUUUGCUCGACGCUGUCCAGGGCCCGUUCCUGCACUACGCUGGAGGGGCCGCCAAUCCCCAGUCGGCCAUGAACUGGUUUGGAACGGUGUGGAAGGCAACAAACAAUGCCGAAAACGUGGAAUGCACGUUGCACCCUUGCUUUGCACAACACAAAAAGUCAGCGUGGUGACACAUGCCCAUCUGCACCGUGUCCCCCGCUGCAUCCUCAUGUUGGCAAUGGCUGACUCCAGAAAUGUACUGUACUGUGCCAUGGCAUUACUCCUACAUGGGACACCGCUUGGGGAGAGCUUGACAGCUUGUUCCCAUCCGGAGACCAGAGGAAUGCCGUUCUCCAUUUUCACGUGUGCAACCCCAGAGACCAAUCGUCACGUCGUUGGGCUUGCUUAUGCGAGACAUCGUCCUUGGUCAAGCACUCUUGGCCGUCGCUAUCCCGCCAUGCUGGACCCUGGCGAGCUCUCUUUUAUGCCCGACGCGAUAAACGGUGAGCGCUGCGAUCGUACUGCUGAUCCAUCUAGCAGCUUCAGUGAGCCAAGCCUCGCAUCGCCCGUCGUCACUUUCUGCCUGCACUCGUCCACAAGCGCUCUCGUGGGCGCGGUGUACGCUGGAGUUUCAGGCCGUCGGUCGUCGGCACGCUACCUUGCACCUCUCGCCAACUGCGACGGUCUCCGAGAGAUCAUGUCCGGCGUGAGCCACCGACGACUGAUGACGAUGACGGACGUGCAUUUUGUGGCAAGCACUGCAUCCGCCAGCGGGACACAGAGCUCGUAUUCGCCAAGCGCAGCGGAGAUGAGAAUGGUGAGCAAAAGAGAUGCGACGGCGGGUGUGACCUUCGUUUUCCUGCCCGCACCCUCCUGCCCUUCUUCAGCCUUUCUGCUCGUCUACGACACCGGCGCUUUUGCUACAGGAACGGUACGAGGAGGAAGAUUCGACCAAGUAUUCCAUCCACGUGCACGGAGGCGGGCCGAGCGAGGAGGAUACUGUAUUGUACCUACUGCACAAUGGGCAGGAAAAAGAAGGGGGGGAAAGAAGGGGGAAAAAGUCGCCAUGCAAUACCUGCAAUGUGCACCGAGUCAUGUGUCUCGCCCUCGUCAAGAUGAAUCCGUGGAUGUCAGGGGUACAAACACGUGGCAACCGAUUCCUUUGCCUAGCGGGCCGCCUGGCGUGAACGAUGGUGGCGCUUUGGACUCUGGCCGUACCGGAGCUCGAGGACUGCCAUGUGCUCUCAAGCCCGAAACCGCCUCUACAACGGAAGGACACAAAGUACUGACUGGCGCAGUCAACAGCUCACCCACCGUCAUCAUCCAGAGACGCAGAUCGCGCGUGGUUGAUUGCCGGUACCCUGCCCCUCCAGCCUGGUCUUCUGAAACGCAGUUGCACUCUGACACGCCUCCCCCUCAUUUGCUUGUACUCAGCUAUGCCGCGGUAGUGCCAUGCCGGAGCUCUGCGAAAACGAACCUUUUUUCCACAACGUCCGAGAGUUGUGUACUUGUCUUGUUUGAAUCCACCCCGAUUGCGGUGCUCUAUGGCCCCGUGAUGAGUAAACUGACAUGCGUGGUCGUCCAGGGUGGGGCAGUUGCGCAUCUCGCUCGACUCAGGCGAAAGGCGGUGGAACAACCGAGCUUCUGA